CUAAAGCUACCUUCUUCUUCCCAUUUAUAAAUUGCGUGGAGGAUAUCAUAAGAAAGUAUUUGGAGACGAAGUCCAUGGCCCAUUCUCUUAUUCCUGCCAAACCCCCUUCCCUCACCCUCCCUUCUAGCUCUUGCCCAAAGGUUGCUCCUCAUCGUCUGUUCAUAAAAAUCUCUGCACCCCCUCGGAGGCACAGUAUCUCCGUUGCUCGAGCAAUGCAAUCCUCCGGCGUUGAUGGCACGAAGUCGAGUAAAGAGGAUGGAAAAAAGACAGACUCUAAUGCCGGCCCAGUUCAACCAUCUGGUCGUGGUCUUCCUUUACCCAACAUCCCAGUAUGGGCUAGGUGGAUGUUGGGGUCCAUAUUUUGCGUUGCCUUGCCAUUCUACAGGAGAAUACUGAGGCUAGAAGAUGGGGUGGAGAAGGCUGCUGAAACUGUCAUAGAGACUGUCGAGAAGGUGGCAGAGAUUACAGAGAAGAUAGCUUCUGAUGUGGCUGAUGCACUUCCUGGCGAUGGAAGGUUAAAGGAGGUAGCUUUGAAGAUUGAAGACAUUGCAGACCAUGUAGACCAGGAUGCAGAGAAAGCUGAAGCCUUCCUUCAGAAGGUUGAUCAAAUAGAAGAAGAGGUGGAUGCAUUGGUGGAGCCUAUCAUUGAGAAAGAAGAGCUCGUAGAGGAAAAAAUCCAAGCAGAGAAGGAAGCCAAAGAGAGAGAAAUUCCAGCAGACAAAGGGGCCAACCCAGGCACAGCUCAGUCAGAAGACACAGGGGAAACAAGUGAUAAAUAAAAAAUGGGGGAAAAAAAAAUGCUCCCCCUUAGUAUUAUAAUUGAUUGUUCUUUUCAAAAGUUUGUAUUAAUAUCUGUCCUGUGCCCUUGACUUGUUCCACUUUCCUAAAGAAAUAUUCGUGGUGUACUUUAUGACAUAAGUUGAGCCAGGACUAAUUUGCUAUUUGACAAGAAAUACAUGGGUUAGUCCUUAAGCUUAGGUCAGGUGCAAACCAAGUCCAUGAACUCAACAUCAGUCUGCAGGAGAAGUGGAAUCUUCCACAGCACCCAUGUCAAAAACAAAAGAUUUCACCUUCUAUGAAUUAGCCAUAGAAGUGUGGAGUCAAUAUUUAAACAGAAAGCAAAUGAAUGAGAAACUUGUAUUUUGUCCAAAAGUAGUCA